AUGACCUCGGGCAUUUUUCGAGGCUGGCUGCAGAAGUUAGACCGGCACUUCAUGUCUAAGGACCGCAAGAUAAUUAUGGUUGUUGAGAGCUGCAGUGCACAUAACUGUACAGUCAAACUGAAGAACAUCAAGGUAGUUUUUUUGCUGCCCAACACUACAUGUGACCUUCGGCCAAUGCACCAGGGUAUCAUUCACCACGUGAUGUCGAAGUACCGAAAGCACCUGCUACAGGGAAUUAUUCUAUGCUCAGAAGUUGUAAAGCUGCAUGAAGUGGGCUUACUCAGUGCAGUGCACAUCAUCGCCCACAUGUGGAAAAAUACACCUCCGCAAGUCAUCACCAACUGUUUUCGGCACAGCGGUUUUGUGAGGCCCGAGCAUGCGGCAGUAGCCGAGGAGUUGCCAGUCAAGUCCACUAAUCAUGACUCCCCGACCUUCGAUGCUGUCCUUCCCACAGAUGUGACCCUUCGGGACUACAUCACGAUUGACGAUUGUGUCGCCACGACUGGUCUCCUGACCAAUGAAGAAAUUAUUAAUGAUGCCACGGGCGCCCGGGAAGACCAUGAUUCAGACGAAGAGUCAUGCGAGGAGGUGCAGACUCAUCGCACCUUACGAGAAGUCACCGAGGCGCUUUUGAUAUUGGAGGAAGUUUGCCGGAGCCCUUCCGACAGUUUGCAGGCUGUUGGCCACUUGGAAGAGUUAAGAAAAAUUGUGAUGUCAGCCGGAAUCGGUGCGAAAAAGCAGACGACUAUUGCAAAAUACUUCAGUAAAUAA